GCCAGUGGAUACCUGAUUUCUCUGAAUGUGCAUGAGCCUUGGUGCUGUCUGGAUCAGACUGCGCCGCCCUGGAGCAGGGCUCAGGAGGGGUUCUCAUCCUGUGAGUGUCCAACACUUGAAAGCAAGUGCUUGGCCAAUGCAUUUUGAUGACAGUGAAGAUGAAAGGCUGGAGAGAAAAAUCUGAUGACAGAUGAGCCAGGGCUAUAAAAAGUCUGAUACCAACUGUUGGCAAGGAAGUGGGGCCCGAGGACCCCCAUACACUGCUGACUGGAGUGCACGUGGUACAAAUACUUAGGACUGCAAUUUGGCAUUAUGCCAAAAUAACAAAGAUUUAUAUCUGACAUCCCAGCAAUUCCACUCCUAGGUAUAUACUCUAGAAAAAUGCUUAUACAUGUACCCCAGGGGAUACAUGCAAAAAUGUUCAUAGCAGCACUGUUUGUAAGAACAAAAAAGGAAAACCUAAAUUUCCUAAAUGUGAUGUAUUCAUAUAGUGGAAUACUAUACAACUAUUAAAGUGAAUUAACUACAUCUAAGCCUAUCUCAUGGAUGAAUCUCAUUAAUAAAAUAUUGAACAAAAAAUAGAAAGUUGCAGAAGAAUAUACAGUGUCCAAUUUACAAUGGUUUGACCCAUGAUUUUUCAACUUUACACUGAUGCGAUAGCAAUAUGCAUUCAGUAGAAACCAUACUUUGAAUUUUGAAUUUUGAUCUUUUCCUGGGCUAGCGAUCUGCAGUACAUACUUUCUUGGGAUGCCGGGCAGCAGCAGCAGCCACAGCUCCCAGUCAGCCACGCGAUCAUGAGGAUAAACAACCGAUGCAAUUACAACCAUUCUGUACCCGGACAGCCAUUCUGUUUGUCACUUUCAAUACAGUAGACAAUCAAUUGCAUGAGGUAUUCAACAGUUUAUUAUAAAAUGAGCUUUGUGAUAGAUGACUUUGCCCAACUGUAGGCUAAUUUAAGUGUUCCGAGCAUGUUUAAGGUAGGCUAGGCUAAGCUAUGACGUUCAGUAGGUUAGGUGUAUUAAACGCAUUUUGGACUUGCGAUAUUUUCAACUCACAAUGGUUUUAUUGGGACGUAACCCCCUCGUAGAGAUCAAUCUGUAUACAAUGGGUAGGGCAAAACUAAAUGAUAUAUUGCUUAGGAUACAUACACACAUAUAUGCAUAAAGAGUGUAAAGAGAAAGGAGAAGGAUGGGAAUGACAGACACCAAAUUCAGGAGGGCAUGUCAACCAGGAAGACGGAGAGGUGCCCAGGGAAGUUCAGCUAUAUCUCUAACAGUUUAUUUUUUAAACGAGGUGGCGAGUAAAGGGUACUGGUUAUUCUUCAUACCUUUCUGCAUGUUUGAAUUAUAACUUUUAUUAAAAGAGCAAGGACCCAAGGAGUCUUACAUAAAGGAGAGGGAAAAGCUGGGGCCCUACUUGUGAGAGGAUUCAGAGCUGUUCUUGCCACUGCCUGCAACCCAGAACCCAGAGUAAAGUAGCUAAAGACUGACAUCUGCCACGCUGAAAGGUGGAGCCCUGAGAGGCGAAGCCUCCUGCCGAGGGGAGGAGAGGAGGGCAGCACAUUUUGAAGCUGCCCCUCUCUGCUGUGAACCUAGGUGUUGGCACGAACCCCAGCCCCUGGGCCGCAGAGAAGCCCAGCCGAAGCAGUGGGGCAGCCCAGGAGGAGACUGGGAUGGUACAUGUACAUGAACGCACUCGCCUGCAUCCCACAUGCACACCAAGCAUGCAGGCUGACACCCCCACACCGCCACACACUGCUUUUCAAACAACCUGGCACGGACACUCCGACAGUUCACCACACAGUUACAGCCCCUGUGCUCUUACGCACACACACACAGACACAUACACACCCCUUCCACCGCCCACUCCGACCAGGACCCCAGCGGUGGAGACACUGCAGAGCCUGCCAGCUGCAGGCUCUGCCAACCCUCCCUCUCUUCUAGUGCUGGGUUUUUCCAGCCGGAGCCUCACUCCCUCUACUGCAAUCUCUGGAAACUGGUGUCUGACGCGGCUGCUCUGCACAUUAUUUAUUUAUUUCCUCCUCGCCUCCCGCUGAGACCCUCCUGUCAGGAGAGCUGCAGCCUGGGAAGGGAGACAGGCGGGAAGCUGCGGGGACACAAGAGGCAGAGAGGACGGACAGGAGGACCACUCAGAAGCCCCAUCCCGCUCACCAAGCUCAUCAAGCCCCGCAGGGGCCAUGAGCACCAGGCAGGAGGCCAGGAGAGAGGAGGGAGACGCCAGCAGGAGGGGACAGGAGGGAGAGCUUCGGGACCGAGCCCACCUGAGCCAGCAGCGCCGGCUCAGACAGGCUACCCAGUUCCUGCACAAAGACUCCGCUGACCUGCUGCCCCUGGACAGCCUCAAGAGGCUCGGCACCUCCAAGGACUUGCAGCCGCACAGCGUGAUCCAAAGACGUCUGGUGGAGGGAAACCAGAGUCGGCUUCAGGGGGAGUCUCCCCGGGUGCAGGCCCUGAUUCAUGGCCAGGAGAGCAGGAAGAAGACCAGCAAGGCAGAGAUUCCAGCUCUUCUGGUCAACUGCAAGUGCCGGGACCAGGUGCUGAGGGUGGCCGUGGACACAGGCACCCACUCCAAUCAGAUCUCUGCUGGAUGCCUCAGCCGCCUGGGGUUAGGGAAGAGGGUCCUAAAAGCCCCAGGGGAGGACCUGGCACCUGGGCCCCCAACCCAGGUGGAGCAGCUGGAGCUACAGCUGGGCCAGGAGACGGUGGUGUGCGAGGCCCAGGUGGUGGACGUUGAGAGUCCUGAAUUCUCUCUUGGACUGCAAACGCUGCUUUCUCUCAAGUGCUGUAUCGACCUGGAGCACGGAGUGCUGCGACUGAAGGCCCCCCUCCCAGAGCUGCCCUUCCUGCCCUGGUACCAAGAGCCCGGCCAGUGACGGGGUCCCAGUCAGUCCUCGGGGGAAAGAGCCGUGUGGGGUUCAGGGGCAUUACUAGAGCCAUAGCUGGGGACUACUGUCUAUUCCUUUUAUCACCAUUCUGACCCCGCCGUCCCGGUUCCCUCAGUCAGCCACAUCCGUCUCUGCUUCUCAGCAACUGCCCCAUCCCCUGGAGGAGUUUUCACAAGAGAAGGCUCACAAUCUCGGGGUUCUGGUUUCCCUAUUCUCUCUCAUCCACCCCCAAGUUGAGCAAAGCCAAGUCAGGACUGCAGAAAAGGACCUCAGCAAAAUGGGGUUCCAGGCUGGGCCCUCAGCACAGUAAGAAGAGGCCUGAGUCAAAGGCUGCAGAUACUGCUGUCCUGCACCCGUCCCUCGACUCCACCCCAGACACCCCUUGACUGCCCUCACCCCCACGUCUCUCCCUCUACCUCUAGGGCUUGUCAUCUCCCUCAACUAGACUGCCAACUUCCCCAACCUGGGUCCCUGGCCCAGCUAGCGCCUGCCUUUCUGAUUCUACACGUCUGCUCACAGUUGAGUGGGGGGGAGAAAUAGUAAACAGAGCAUUUUAAUACAACAAGGAAGGUGAGUUAGCAGAGGAAUGUGUGGCUCACAAGGCUGGGAGCUCUUUCAGUUACCCUUUCUGGAGCUGCAAACGCCUGAAGCCAGUUAUUAUUAUUAUACCCUGUGCAAAGCCUUGGCUAUACCUCUGAUAUUUACUCCAGAUCUUUAUCCUUCUCCACUUGCUUUUUCACCUACUGGGCCCUGAACUUUGGGGGCUGUGUGGAAAGCCUUGGAGAGAACUGCCCCCAAGGUGGACAGGAUGGUGGGGUUGUCAGUACUCAGACUUAACCUGACCAGGAUUCCUUGUUUCUAGAACUAUCCAACUCAUUAGACCUCUUCCCACCCCUCAUCUCUGGCCUCCUGAGCUUGAGCUUGUCUGGUUUUGGAAUCAGUGGUUUCCUAACCCCCGCCAGGCUCUGAGCCAAAGCAAAGAGACAAGGAGGUUCUGCUGACGUCACUGUGAAGACAGGAACCCAAACCUUAAGGAGCCAGAGCCCUGAGUGUCUUUCUGGCUGGCCUGAGUCUCUCAAAUCACGGAUUAGGGGGAGAGGAAGAUAGUGGGAUAAUAACCGGAACUAGGGAACGAGGAUCCUUGGGCUGGAAACAAAAUCCUGAGCCUGCGGUAGAUUAGAGAACCAGGAUGCAAGGAGCUGCCGUGUGACAGCUGGCCUUCCCUUCUCCGCUGAGUCCUCUGCCCUCAAGGGGAGGAGAGGGCUCUCUAUGUCACAUGUAAUCGUACGCUGAUCCCCACAGCCUCGCUCCGUGACCUCUGCUUUCCUGGGUCUCCCCGUUCCUUUCCCUUCUGCCUCCUGCUGCUUCUGUAAUUGCAGACCCCAGGCCCACUGGCAGGCCCUCAGCUCAGCUGCUUCUCCAUUUGAAUAAACACCUGUUUCUCUACGCUGAUGUCCUCCUCUGGUCUUCCUCCACGCCCAUCAGAGGCUGAACGAUAACUCUGCCCUCAUUCCCCGACAGAAAGGAAAUGUGAAUGUGGACCUUUCCCAGGCUGACCCAUCUGGCUGGGAUCAGUAUAACUGAGAGGAUUGGCUUUCAAACUCCUUUGAACACACUUCAUAGCAAGAAAUAUAUUUUACACUGCACU